AUGAUUAUAUCAGAUAGCAAAGAAGAAUGGUUAAAAAUUGCUAAAGGUUUUGAUUCAAAAUGGAACUUUCCUAAUUGUAUUGGCGCGCUCGAUGGCAAACAUGUAGUUAUGCAAGCGCCCCCAAAUAGUGGAAGCUUAUACUUUAAUUACAAAGGAUCUCAUAGCAUUGUGUUGCUUGCACUCGUUGAUAGCAACUAUAAAUUCACUUACAUUGAUGUUGGUUGUGGUGGAAAAAUUUCAGAUGGAGGUGUGUUUAACAAUUGUUCCCUGAAAGAAGGCAUAGUUGCUAAGGCUUUAGAUAUACCGGAUCGUUCUCCACUGAAAGGAAGGCAGCUGCCCAUGCCGUAUGUAAUCGUUGCUGACGAUGCAUUUGCAUUGAGCGACUGCUUAAUGAAACCUUAUCCAUUCAAAAAUCUCCCUAUGAAGCAAUGUGUAUACAACUACCGACUAUCUCGAUGCAGACGAGUUGUUGAAAAUGUGUUUGGGUUAACUGCUAAUAGAUUUCGAGUCCUACGAAAGCGAAUUCUUUUGCAUCCAGAAAGAGUUAAGGCUGUAGUUUUGGCAAUAUGUACGCUUCAUAAUUAUCUAAUUCAAGGUAAGGAAUCUUCUAACAGAUAUGCUCCUCCAGGAAUAUUUGAUACCGAAGAUACGGAAACUGUGUAA